UCAAGCCCUUGGGUGCAAAAGAAGGAUACUAUUAAUGCCUCUCAUCUUCUUACAACCAAAUGUGACAUUCCAUAAUUGAGAAUACAUCAAAAUCCACAUAUGGAGAAGUUAUACCUUUUGGUUUUAACCUUCAUAACAGUUUGGUUGAAUUCAGUCAAGGGAUUUACAAACAUAGAAACAGAUGAAUCUGCACUUAUUGCCUUUAGAGCAUAUAUAACUUCAGACCAUGAUCAUAUCUUGUCCAAAAACUGGACGCCAUCCAGUAACAAAUCCUCUAUCUGUUACUGGAUCGGCGUCUUUUGUAGUGGAGAAAACGAAAAUCAAAGAGUAACAUCUUUAAAUGUCUCAGGAUUCAGACUUUCAGGCACAAUUGCUCCUGAUUUAGGAAACUUGACAUUUCUAACAUCAUUAGACAUCAGUAACAACAACUUCAGUGGCUCGAUGCCUAAUGAGUUAGGUAAUCUACAACGAUUACAAGAGAUAAACGUAGGACUCAACAAUUUAAGCGGAGACAUUCCAAGCAGGUUUGGAAACUUACCACAGCUCAAGAGCAUUUUUAUGAACAAUAACACGUUUAGUGGUCCUAUUCCACCGGUUUUAGGCAACAACACAAAGCUGAAGAGAUUGGUACAGUCAUACAAUUUGUUACAUGGAAACAUACCUCAAGAGAUAGGAAACCUUUCCAUGCUGAUAAUAGUUGACUUUAAGUAUAAUGUGCUUACAGGAUCUAUACCAUCUGAAUUAUUCAACAUCUCAUUGUUGCAAAGCAUCGAUCUCACUGGUAAUAGUCUAACAGGUGGACUAGCACCGGAUAUCUGCAGUAAUCAUCGUCUUGUUGAGCUUCAAGGAAUAUUUUUAUCCGCGAAUCAGCUUCAUGGACUGAUCCCAUCGACGUUUCAUCUUUGCAAGGAACUCCAGGAUUUAUCCUUGUCCUACAAUCAAUUUAGUGGAAAAAUCCCAGAUGAAAUUGGAUAUAUAACCAAGCUCAAGAUAUUAUAUCUGGGGAUAAACAAUUUCAUAGGUGGAAUUCCUGAAAAUUUAGGCAAUCUUACAUAUUUGGAGAUGCUAAGCCUAAGAGGUGGUUCACUAACAGGUCAAAUUCCACACACUCUAUUCAACAUGUCCAGCUUAAAGCAACUCGAUCUUUUGAACAAUAGCUUGUCCAGAAGCCUACCAUCCGUGAGCAGUCAAUGUAAUCUUCCUCACAUAACUGGUGAAAUCCCAGCAAACACAUUCAGAUGCAAAUGCCUUCAAGUCAUACAAUUAGCAGACAAUAUGCUUACAGGCAGCAUUUCUAAAGAUAUUCGGAACUUUACUUUCCUUCAGAAUCUAUAUUUAGCAGACAACAACUUCACAGGGAGAUUACCAGCUGAUAUAGGUAGCAUAAAUCUGAAGGAACUUAAUGUCGAUGGAAAUCACUUGUCAGGUGUCAUUCCAUCUGAAGUAUUCAACAUAUCGACGUUGCAGAUUCUAGACUUAAGCAGGAACCGGCUCACAGGAACUCUUCCCUCAGGCUUGGGCCAUCAGUUUCCAAAUCUGCAAGAGCUUUAUUUAGGUGAGAAUGAACUUACAGGAUCAAUCCCAAGUUCUAUCUCAAAUGCUUCACAACUUGCUAUUAUAUCCAUGACCUUCAACUCUUUCACUGGCUCGAUACCUGACCUUGGCAAUUUAAGACUUUUGAAGAGGCUAUUUCUAGCAGAGAAUAAUCUUACAGGGGAAACUUCCAAAGGAGAAUUAAAAUUCCUGUCCUAUUUAACUAAUUGUAGACAUUUGGAAAAGAUAGAAGUGUCCUUAAAUCAGUUAAAUGGUGACCUUCCAACUUCAUUAAGGAAUCUCUCUUCUAGCCUUCAAAUUUUCUCAGCAUUUGGAAGCAAAAUCAAGGGGACUUUACCUGUCGGAGUUGGAAACUUGACAAGCUUGACCGGUAUGUACUUGGAUAGCAAUGAGUUGACUGGAGUUAUCCCAAAUACAAUUGGAAAGUUAAAAAAUCUCGAACGUAUAUAUCUGAAAUACAACAGACUGGAAGGGUAUAUCCCAACUGAUAUUUGCCAGUUAAGUAAGCUGAGGGAUAUCUACAUAAGUCACAACAUGAUCCGUGGAGCCAUACCAGCAUGUUUUGGUGAACUCAAAUCACUACAGAGAGUUUUCUUGGAUUCAAACAAUUUGACAUCUACCAUUCCAUUGAACUUUUGGAACCUGAAUGACCUUGUAGGUUUGAACUUAUCCACAAACUCUUUCAAAGGCUAUUUACCAUCAGAGAUCUCUAAUCUGAAGGUUGCAACAGACGUAGACUUAUCGUGGAAUCAAUUUUCAGGAGAUAUCCCCAGCAGAAUAGGCAGUGCCCAAUAAAUAGUUUACCUUUCUUUGGCACAUAAUAGAUUGCAAGGUCCUAUUCCUGAAUCUUUGAGUAACUUGAUAAGCUUAGAGACAUUAGAUUUGUCGUCCAACAAUUUGUCCGGAAUGAUUCCAAAGUCUCUCGAGGCAUUGAGGUAUCUCCGACACUUCAAUGUCUCUGUGAAUGAAUUGGAAGGGGAAAUUUCAUCAGGUGGAUGUUUUUCAAAUUUCAGUGCUGAAUCUUUUAGGCAAAAUCAUGAGCUAUGUGGAGUAGCUCGGCUGCAUGUUCUUCCCUGCCGGACAAAACAUUCCAAGUCAAAAAGUGUUUCAUCUUUGAUUAAAUAUGUUGUUCCCCCUCUCUUGCCAACAAUUCUCAUGGUGACUGUUGUACUUAUAUUGAUAAGAAAACGGAACCAAUACGUAAAGAUAAAAAUGGAGGAAUCACAGCUUGCUGCAAUUCUCACCUAUUGCAUACUUGAGAAAUGUUUCAUAUCUUGAACUUGUACGAGCAACAAAUUCUUUUUCUGAAUCCAAUCUACUAGGAAAGGGAAGUUACUGUUCAGUUUAUCGAGGGGAACUUAACGAUGGAACAGAUGUAGCUGUAAAAGUUUUUAACACACUGACAGAAGAAGCAACCAAGAGUUUCUAUGCUGAAUGUAAGAUAUUGAGCAACAUCCGUCACCGGAACCUUACAAAAAUCCUCAGUUGUUGUAGUACCACAGACUUCAAAGCUCUUGUAUUAGAUUACAUGCCAAAUGGUAAUCUUGAGAGGUGGUUAUAUUCCCAAGAUUGUUGUUUAAGUAUGCUUCAGAGAUUGAACAUAGCAAUAGAUAUUGCUUCAGCUUUAGAAUAUCUUCAUUGUGGUCUAACAACUCCUAUUGUACACUGUGACAUGAAGCCUAACAAUAUCUUAUUAGAUGAAGAUAUGACUGCACAUCUUUGCGAUUUCGGGAUCGCAAAAAUUUUUGAGCAAGACAUGCAUAUGGCUCAAACCAAGACACUAGCCACCAUUGGUUAUAUGGCACCAGAGUAUGGAACUCAUGGGAUAGUUUCAACAAGUGGAGAUAUCUACACAGCUAUGGCAUUAUAUUGUUGGAAAUGUUUACAGGAAAAAAACCAACUGAUGAUAUGUUCGGGGAAACAAUGAACUUGAAAUGUUUCGUGGGCGAAAGCUUACGUAGAAAAUCUUUAAUGGAAGUUCUGGAUUCUGAUUUGAUUAGAGAUGUUGAACAGUUCUCUGAAGUAGUACAA